AUGCGCUUUAAGUGGUAGCUGCGAGGUGGGAAAAUUCAUUCUGUCGUGUUUUUGCUUCUCAUGAUAUAAACAUGAUUUUCAGGCCAAGUUUUAAACUUUACGGAGUAUAAAACUUUACAGACAUACUCUUCAGACAUUCAUUCAUCAUCACAAACAGAUUCUCACCCUCGGUGGCCACAGAGUGUAAACUGACCCACACUAGGAUUUUUCUCUGGGGAUCGGCAGCUCAUCUAUUUGUGCAGCAUGAAGAUCGCAGUAGAAGGCUGUUGCCAUGGAGAACUGGACAAAAUUUAUGAGACAAUCGGCUAUCUGGAGAAGAAAGAAGGGGUCAAAGUGGACUUGCUGCUCUGCUGUGGAGACUUCCAAGCAGUGCGGAAUGAAGGAGACAUGAAGUGCAUGGCUGUACCCGCCAAGUACAGAACCAUGCAGACCUUCUACAAAUACUAUUCUGGCGAGAAGAAGGCUCCAGUCCUGACCAUCUUCAUCGGAGGGAACCACGAGGCUUCCAAUCACCUACAGGAGCUGCCUUAUGGAGGCUGGGUGGCACCCAACAUUUAUUAUCUGGGUUAUGCUGGCGUUGUUCGCUACAAAGGGAUCAGAAUUGGAGGCUUAUCUGGGAUCUUCAAAUCUCGUGACUACAGAAGAGGUCACCAUGAAUUCCCUCCAUACAAUCCUGACACACUCCGCAGCGUCUACCACAUCAGAAAUAUUGAGGUGUUUAAAUUAAAACAGAUCCAAAUGCCCAUAGACAUCUUCAUGAGCCACGACUGGCCUCGUGGGAUCUACUACUAUGGAAGAACAGAGGAACUGCUGCGAAAGAAGAAGUUUCUGCGUCAGGAAGUGGAGUCCAACAGUCUGGGAAGUCCUGCUGCUGAGGAGCUGCUGGCUCACCUGCAGCCCAGCUACUGGUUCUCUGCACAUCUCCAUGUGAAAUUUGCUGCUGUGAUGCAACAUCCGCCUAAAGCUAAUGCUGCCCCACGUGUGACAAAAUUCCUGUCCCUGGAUAAAUGUCUCCCCUACAGGGAGUUCUUACAGAUUGUGGAUGUUCCAGAGAGACCAGGUUCAUCUGACGGUCUUGAGUACGACCCAGAGUGGCUUGCUAUCUUGAAGGCGACCAACAGUCUGCAGAGGACCACCGCUCACCCCUGGAACCCUCCGGAGAAUAACGGUCUGCACGAACGGUGGGACUUCAGAGCUUCAGAAGCAGCGAUGAUGCAGGUGAUGGAGGAUCUCAGCGGUGAACUUGCUGUUCCAGAUAACUUCAGCCAGACGGUUCCAGCGUACGACCCCAGCAGGCCUCAGCACAACGCCGCUCCCGCCUGCAGCACCAACCCUCAGACCACCGAGCUCUGCGCCACGCUGGGGCUCACUGACCUCUACGCACACUUCGGCCAGGGAGGAGACGAGAUGCGGCGAAUUCAGGGCAGCACGGGAGGAGAGGAGGACGAUGAAGAUGGACAAAGUGUGGGGAGUGCUGACGAACCCAGCGAGUACCCGACCGACACGUCGGGAUUAUCGAGCUCAGUUAAUCCUGAUGAGAUCACAAUAGAGGAAGAGUGGGAGGAGGAAGAGGAGGAGGAUAAGUCUAACUCAAAGGGAGCUAACUUGUCUGAUGUCCACACUCCGAGCCGAUUGGUCCUGCCCACGCCCAAAUCUGAUGCCUCUCCCGUUCCUCUGUCCCUCCUCAUGAACCUGCCGCCUCCCGCCCACUCCACCCCGGCUGUAGCUCGCACUCAGGAAGGAGCAGGAAGGGAAGAACGCUGUGAGGAGGAGGAUGAUGAUGAAGAUGCCUCAGCUGUACGCAUCUUAAAGCGUAGCAGCGACGAGGCUCAGGCUCCCGACAGCAGAGGCACGACUCCCAGGAUCAAACGCAGAAACCAGGUCAUCUAUACGACCGUGGAGGAUGAGGAGGGUGAGGAUUAGAGGUCAGGGUGAGAUCAGGCAGAAGGUGAGGACAGAGUGUACAGUACUCCAUCAGUUUUAUUCAUUUGUAAAACUUAUUGUCAUUUCUGCCUUUUUAUACAGCGGAGAGAGGUUUGGCUUUAUUUAAAAAGAAACUAAAACCAGAUUGUACAUGUCAAAAUAAGUUUGUUUAUGGAUUCAGUUUUGACAGUAAGGCAUGAAAAUGUUAAAAUAUUAUUUUUAUAUAUUUUAAUCAAACCAAGGAAUUUUUAGGAAACAGAUUUUUGUGUUCAAUUUUUUUUUUUUUUUUUUGUACAUGUAAUUUCAAGACUACAGCAGUGAGUAAACAGGCUGGGAGAAUAAAAUAUCCAUUUGUUUUUAAAAUGAAUUAAUGACCUCGUAGACCAUUGUACAGCCACUUGGCAAAAACUCUCAAAAAUAACUAAUAAAAUGUGUCUUUUGUUUCACUUA